CGGAGAGAGAGCAGCGGAAUCAGACAGGCAGGAAGAAUCCGAGAACCCGUGGGCUUUAAUUUGAAGGAUGGUCAGAAUAAUUCGUCACCCGUGCGGGAGAAAAUAGCCGACUGAUGUGCAGCUAACCACAUCUGGACUGCGAUAGAGCCUGGGUGAGAGAUGGAUAUGGGCAGAGCCAGACUCCAGCUCUAAGCAACAAGCCUGUGCGGAAGCAGGGGGUGGGGGUGGUUAUGUGUCUCCAGACCUGCAAAACAAACCGAUAGGAACAAACUACAAGUUCGGCAUGUUCUUUCCUUAAAUCUAGAAGAGCCGAAUUGAGACUAUUGGGAUCGAUUUCUAUUUUUGUCACGUCUGUCCCAAGUUCUUGGAUCCUUUGGAACUUCACUCAGUCAGCACUUCUGUCUCUUCCAGGAUCAGCCCUCGAAGACGAUUACCAAUCGCUUAAGUACAGGCAACCUGCUUUCUUCAAAUGCUGAAUGAAGCAAUAUCGACACUCACUGCCAGAAAUCCCCAACUAAUGGACUGAGAUGCCAUUUGCCCGUGAAGUGUGGAUGACAUCCUAGAGCUGGAAUAACCUCCUGGUUCUAACUUUAUUGCUUACCGCAUGCAUUAAAAUGCCCUCUUGACAUUUAAGAGAUCUGCAUUCGGAUUAUCUCUGCACCAUACCCAUAUUGCGCUAACUACGCUUUGAAGGACUCUCAAAGCUUUGAUACCAGCUUUAGAAUUGGAAAAAAUGUUGCUGAAAGAGUACAUGUUUAUCAGCUUGGCAGCUGUUACAUUAACUCAAGCGAUACCUUGGCGUGUCAAGUGUCCAGAUGUGUGUGUUUGUGAAAUUAAACCUUGGUUCACACCAAGGUCAAUGUACAGGGAGGCUCCAACAGUGGACUGCAAUGAUUUUUUAAUGACUGAAGUUCCUGCAAAUCUACCUGAAGGAACACAGACGUUACUACUACAGAGCAACAGGAUCGCUAAGAUCAAGCCGGGUGAGCUGGGGUACCUGGUGAACCUGACAGAACUGGAUCUGUCCCAAAACAGUUUCUCCAGGAUUGAAGACUUCAACUUGAAGAAUAUGUUCAAUCUCCUAGUCCUCCAUUUGGAAGAGAAUCAGUUGACUGAAUUGUCAGGAGAUGGUUUCUCUGCUCUUAACAACCUUCAAGAGCUUUACUUAAACCACAACCAGCUGAGCACCAUUUCUGCCAGAGCCUUCUUUGGUCUUGAAAACCUACUUCGGCUCCACCUGAACUCCAACAAGCUGAGGACCAUUAAAAGUGAAUGGUUUGAGACCAUACCCAGCCUGGAAAUCCUCAUGAUUGGAGAGAAUGCAGUAGAAAUGAUCCAGAACAUGAACUUUAAGCCCCUCAUCAAUCUAAGAAGCCUUGUAUUGAGUGGAAUGAGCCUAAAAGAAAUCUCAGACAAUGCUCUUGAGGGUCUGGAGAAUUUAGAAAGCAUUUCUUUUUAUGAUAACAAAUUACCUAAGGUUCCAAAGAUGGCCCUCCGGAAAGUCCCAGAUCUUAAAUUUUUGGAUUUGAAUAAGAAUCCAAUUCAAAGGAUCCAACAAGGUGAUUUUACAGAUAUGCUCCACCUCAAAGAGUUGGGCAUAAACAAUAUGGAGGAGUUGAUCUCCAUUGACAAGUUUGCUUUGGACAACCUGCCAGAAUUGACCAAACUAGAGGUGACCAACAACCCGAAACUUUCCUACAUUCACCCCAGUGCAUUUCGCCUCAUUCCUCAAAUGGAAACCCUCAUGCUAAACAAUAAUGCUCUGAGUGCCUUAUACAGAAAGACCAUCGAGUCUCUUUCCAAACUCCAAGAGAUUAGCAUUCACACCAACCCCAUCAGAUGUGACUGUGUUAUUCGCUGGGUGAAUACAAAUGAAAACCGCAUUCGUUUCAUCGAACCGCAGUCAACCUUUUGCGUGGACCCUCCAGAGUUUAAAAGACAAAACCUGAGAGAUGUUCCAUUCAGAGAGAUGACAGAUCGAUGUCUGCCUCUCAUUUCUUCUGAAGCUUUCCCCUCACAACUGGACACUGAAAUCGAAGAGUCACUUUCCCUUCACUGCCGAGCUUUCGCUGAGCCUGACCCUGAGAUUUAUUGGGUUACACCAUCUGGUGAUAAACUUUUGACCUACAGCACAUCAGACAAAUACAGAGUGCGCCCUGAGGGAACACUGGAGAUAUUCAAUAUAACUACAAACGAAGCUGGACUCUACACUUGUGUGGCCCACAACCUGGUUGGUGCUGACAUGAAAAGCGUGACUGUCAAAGUGAGUGGAUUCUAUCCAGACAAUAAAGAGAACAUUCAGCUUUACGUACAAGAAAUGGAGGCACACCACAUCCUGUUGUCAUGGAUAAUCACCUCGAAUAUUAUAUCUUCAAACAUCACUUGGUCACGUACAAUGAGCAAUAGCAGCUUGAAUUCUGCAUUUACAGCCAGAAUUCCUGCAGGCAUUCACAAGUAUAAUCUGACUCAUCUGGAACCAUUUACUGAAUAUGUGAUAUGUGUACAUGUGUCGUACAUUCACCUCCAUAACAAGAUAUCCUGCAUCAGGAUCAGGACCAAAGAGGCCAACUUAGCAACUGGCACCAAUGAAAUAAGACUACAGUUUCUAAUCGCCUUGACCGCUUGUGUCCUCUUUGUGGCUACAAGUAUCUUGUCUCUUCGUGGGCUUAUGUCUACGAGGCAGAAGGUUGAGGUGGAACGUAGCCCUUUGGCGUUGUGCAUGCAGAAGAACUUGCCUAUCUCGCUGCAUGGGAUUUACCCUCCAUUUGUCAAGCACUGGGAACCUGAGAACAACUCGGGCAAAACAAUAGCGGUGGAAGUUCAGUCCACCCCACUGGGUCCCUCUAAUGUCAACUUUUGUGAGGCCAACUGAGACAAUCUUAACGUGAAAAGGGACACCGUAUAAACACGAUCCAAGUCAACAAUAGACAGGCCUCCUAUCACAGUCCAGGUGAACAGGCAAACUGGAUCAAGAAAGCAAAUGAUCGCACUUUUGUCUGCUGAAGUGAAGAAAACAAAGUGAAUCCAGAUCCCGUCCAGUUCUUUUAGACGUAAGAGGGUAACGGUUCUUGUAGCAGUAAAUUCCCUCCUGGUAGAAAACUCCCUUCUCUGUCCAACUGAUGUCCAUGUGUUUGUUCUGUACUGGUUAUGAACUCUGUUUAUAGGAGACAUAUAUAGGAAUCCGGGAAAGAUUAAAACAAAAAAACGGGAUCUUGCUGUUCAGAAAUGUAUCCAAUUUCUUAUGUAAAACAUUUGUGACCAUGUCGAUAGAGAAUCUGCUGUCUUUUUUUCGAGCCAAGCCACUUGAAAAUCUGAAUGGAAGUUCUGAGCCGGUUUACAACAAUUUUUUACAGGAAGUACGUGCAUAUUUUUCUAGGUUCAGAGAGUGAUGCCACACUUUGGUUUGAGCUCCCCUCUGCCCUUUCCGCUGCUCAGAGAGAUGGAUGAUGUGGCCCCUUUGAGCACCGCGAAAGGUUUUUCCUGUUUUCAGGCGAUGCUAGUUUUUUCUAUCACUGCACCAUUUACCGAACUAAUUUUCUGUAGAUUUCCUGUACCGCUGACCGUUACUGCGCGAAAAUAAACAACGGGCAGAAACGCAAAGGACCCAUGGAGCAUUUCUUUUGAUUGCAGUAUUUUCUGAAUAAACAACAAUGAAAAAUAAAGUUGCAAGUGAAACUUG